UCAACAAACCGGAAGCCGGAAGUGCUCGGAGCAACCAGCUGACUCUGUGACAGCUGUCAGGCGUGGAUGAUGGCGGGCAGGCUGUCCCUGCCGGAGGUGGAUCUCACCUGCCCCGUGUGCUGCGACAUCUUCCGGGACCCGGUGGUGCUGAAGUGCAGCCACAGCUUCUGCGCGUCCUGUCUGCGGGAGCACUGGAGCCGCCGCGGCCGCCAGCGGGACGGCCCCCUCUGCAGGACGGAGAGCCUGGACGAGCCGGUGCCCAGCCUGACCCUGAAGAACCUGUGCGAGUCCGUGCAGGAGGAGAGCCGGGCCGGGGAGGACCAGGAGGACCAGGAGCUGUACUGCGGGCCCGGGGAGGUGUGCGCCCUGCACGGGGAGAAGCUCAAGCUGUACUGCCUGCAGGACGGGGAGCCCAUCUGCGUGGUGUGCCACACCUCCAGGAGACACAAGAGCCACGACUGCUGCCCCGUGGGCGAGGCCGUGCUGGACGUGAAGGACAAGAUGCAGUCCGCUCUAAGUUCCCUGCAGGAGAAGAAGGACGUUCUUGAUAAAAUCAAGAAAAACUAUGAAGACGCAGCGGUGCACAUCGAGACCCAAGCUCGGUUUGUGGAAAGACGCACCCAUGAGGAGUUUGAAAAACUCCACAAAUUCCUCCGGGACGAAGAGGAAUCCAGAAUGGAGGCGCUGAGGACGGAGGAGGAGCAGAAGAGGGAAGCGCUGAGGCAGCAGAUUGAAGAAAUGGAGGGAAAUAUGUCGUCUGUGUCUGAGGCCAUCAGAGCUCUGGAGGAGGAGAUGGCUUCGGAGGGCAUCUCGGUCCUUCAUAAAUCCAAGAGCAUGCUAGCCAGAGCUAAUCAUCCGGUUAAAGAUCCCGUCAUGGCUCCGGGAGCACUAAUAGAUGUGGCCAGAUACGUCGGCUGUUUGACAUUCCAGGUUUGGGAGAAGAUGCAUAAACUUGCCAAAUACACUCCCGUCACCCUGGAUCCCAACACCGCGGCCCCCUGGCUCGUCCUGUCAGACGACCUGGCCAGCGUCCAUGACAGCGAUGAGAAGCAGAAGCUGCCCGACAACCCGGAGAGGUUCGACCCCGACACGGCCGUCCUGGGCCGGCAGGGCCUGAGCUCCGGCAAGCACGCCUGGGAGGUGAACGUCGGGGAUAACACGGCGUGGGUCGUCGGCGUGGCCAAGGAAUCCGUCAAGAGGAAAGAGAAGGUGUCUUCGGUGCUGAAUAACGGCUACCUGUGUGUGUACUUCUACCACAAGAUGUACUUCGCCGGUACCUCUCCUUUGACGCGAUUGAGCCUGAAAAGGAAUCCUCAGAGGGUCCGAGUGCAGCUGGACUGUGAAAAGGGCAGGGUGUCGUUCUACGAUCCGCAUAACAACACGCACAUCUACACCUUCAAACACGCCCUCACCGAGCCGCUCUUCCCGUACCUCUGGGUCGGCUGUCAGAACUGCCCUUUGACAGUCGAACCAGCAGAAGUUUUCCUCCAAUUUCUCGAAAAUUCUUAAGAGUCAGACUUUUCUUCAGCACAAAACUUACAAACACACUAAUCAAUCUGCGUCCUUCCAGCACUUUCUUUGCUGCAAUGCCUUGUUGUCUGGGUUUAUUUCACUUUAAAACACAAUUAAUGUUCUCUUUAAACCAAGAUAAACUACUGGAGUUUUUGGAAUAUGCAGUUACUGAUACACAUUAAAAAAAAGCACUAUUAUAUGUAGAAGUGUGAAGCAUCAUUUUGCAUGCUGGUCCGUGUCUUUGUCCCUUUUUUCUUUUUGCUUCUUCAUGUUUGUCGCUGCUGAUUUGUGUUUAAAAGAGUUUGAUGAGAGUUUAUGUGCAAAUGAUAAUUAUGUUUUACAAAUAAAUGACCUGCAAGCAUUUUGCCUGUCUUAUGUGGCCUGACAUCAUCUUUAGGAGCUCUUUGAUGCAUAAAUUCAUGAUUAAAUCAAGUGAAUUUAUUUCUAAACCAUGUAAUGAUACUUGGGACUGUGUGCUUCACAGAUGAGAACAUUCUUCUGAUCAAAUGUGGAACCCAAAAUGUCAACAGAUGACGCUAUUGGUUUAUUUCUGGAGUGCAUCUUUGAUCAUCCAAGACGAAACUGAUGACAUUUCUUGCAUCAAAAGAUACAUUUUGCUUAUUGAAAUUAUUUCUUUCAAAUACUUUACAGAUCUUCUCAACUCUUAAAGAGGUAUCUUACAUUUUUUUUUAUCAGAGAGGCUCUUCGUCAUAGAUCUGGGCAUCGCAGAGGAACCCAGGCCCAGGUCGUUUAAAUAAAACGCUUUGAGAAGGUUCUCAUCUUUGGAACCUAGUUUGAUUUUUUUUUUUCCCCUUUCCCUGAGUACUUUUAUCAGGUCAUUUGCAAAUCUUUGUUUCAUGUGUCAUGUUAAGACAGGCUGAGUAACUAUCAUAAACUGUGCAAAUCAAGUGCCUUCAGAUGACAUUUAAUGUGAAUCUGCGCAAUAUAAAUAAACUAAAUUGAAUUUG